AUGGAUGAUGGUAAAUGCCCUGUGUGUUUGGUAGAAGAAGAAACAACUUGCCAUGUCUUAUGGAAUUGUCCAGCAGCAAGAGAUGUAUGGAGAGGAGAUUCUUCACUCUUCCAAAAAUGUGCUUGGGAAGGCUGCAAAUUUAUGCACUUGUUUGAAUACUGUAGUCACCGAUUCAAUAGAGAUGUUUUAGAACUUAUGGCUGUGAUUGCAAUGAAGAUUUGGCUCAGAAGGAAUUCUUUGAUUUUUGAAGGUUUUUUUGCUAAUCCUAAUUCCGUAUAUAAAGAAGGGGUCAAGGCAUUAGAGGAAUUCAAACAGUACAAUAAGAAGGAGGAGCCUCCCAUCCAAGCUGAGGUACUAGCACCAGCUAUAGAAGCUCAAAAAUGGCAACCUCCACCACCGGGAGUCAUCAAAGUUAAUUGGGACGCUGCUCUAAAUUUGUCAGCCGGCUGGGUAGGGUUGGGAGUGGUGGCCCGGGACUAUAUGGGGAAGUGUUUGGGUGCUCGAAGUCUUACACGAUUGGACUACCAAAAGGCUGAAAAGAUCUCCAAACAGCGGCUACCAUCACAAGAAAGAGCGUCGUCACAGGAAAGAGCACCGGAAAAUCGCCUGAAGAACACUGGAAAUUUGUCGGAAGGUCGUUAG